UAUUUUCUCUAUAAAUACCUGCACAUUCUCCAACAAAAAUCAGACCAAUAAUCUUUCCUCUUUAGUAAGACAAAUUAAACCAUAAGCUAAGAGAAAUAAGAAAUGGAUUCCAUUAGAAUUAGUCAUGAACUUGACAAGCCUCAUGCAGUUUGCUUACCAUACCCUGCCCAAGGCCACAUAAGUCCAAUGUUGAACUUAGCCAAAAUCCUGUACCACAAAGGCUUUCACAUCACUUUUGUCAACACUGAAUAUAACCAUAGACGUCUCCUUAAGUCUCACGGCCCUGAUUCCCUCAAGGGCUUGUCAUCGUUCCGUUUUGAGACCAUUCCUGAUGGCCUCCCACCAUCUGAUGCCGAUUCAACUCAAGAUAUUCCUUCUCUGGGUCAAUCCACUACCAAUACUUGUUUAGUUCCUUUCAAGGAAUUGCUUGCAAAGCUCAAUAAUACUUCUUCAUCCAACCUGCCACCCGUCUCAUGCAUCAUUUCUGAUGGAUGUAUGAGCUUCUCUCUAGCUGCUGCUCAAGAUUUGGGCAUCCCUGAAGUUUUCUUUUGGACCCCAAGUGCUUGUGGUUUAUUAGGUUACAUGCACUAUCGCGAUCUUUCUGAAAAAGGAUACUUUCCACUUAAAGAUGCAAAUGACUUAACAAAUGGGCAUUUGGAUAUGGCUUUGGAUUGGAUACCGGGCAUGAAAGGUAUACGUUUGAGGGAUUUACCAACUUUCGUGAGGAGUACAAAUUCAGAUGACUUUAUGUUCAAUUUCCUUAUCCAAGAAACAGAUAGAAGCAAACUUGCUUCUGCUAUUGUCAUCAAUACAUUUGAUCCAUUAGAAAAGAAAGUUCUUGAAUCACUUCAGGCCCUUCUACCUCCGAUAUACACGAUUGGGCCCCUGCAUUUUCUUGUAAAACACAUUGAGGACAAGAAUUUGGAGUGCCUAGAAUCCAAUCUUUGGAGAGAAGAUCCAAUGUGUCUAGAAUGGCUUGAUUCCAAGAAACCAAAUUCUGUUGUUUAUGUCAAUUUUGGUAGCAUCACUGUCAUGACUGCGAACCAACUUAUUGAAUUUGCUUGGGGACUUGCCAAUAGUCAGCUGGAUUUUUUGUGGAUCAUAAGGCCUGAUAUUGUAUCAGGGGAACAAGCAAUUCUUCCAUCUGAAUUUAUGGAAGAAACUAAAGAAAGAGGGAUGUUGAUCAGUUGGUGCCCGCAAGAACAAGUCCUUAGUAACCCUGCUAUUGGAGGGUUUUUGACUCAUAGUGGAUGGAAUUCGACCCUUGAAAGCAUCUGCAGUGGGGUGCCAAUGAUCUGCUGGCCAUUUUUCGCAGAACAACAGACUAACUGUUGGUUCAAAGGCACCCAAUGGGGAAUUGGAAUGGAGAUCAACAAUGAUGUGAGAAAGGAAGAAGUUGAAAGUCUUGUGAGAGAGGUGAUGGUCGGCGAGAAGGGCAAAGAGAUGAAGAAAAAGGCAAUGGAAUGGAAGAAAUUAGCUGAAGAAGCUGCUAAAAAACCAUCGGGAUCAUCUUAUGUGAACAUAGACAAAUUGAUCGAUGAAAUUCUCCUCAAACGUUAAGUGGUUGAUUUUCAUUUUUCCUGUAUUGACGUACUGUCAGAUCCAUUAAUUCUUGUUUCCCUUUUUUGUUAUAUAUAUAAUUCGGUGCUGUAAUAUAUAUAUGUGAACUACAUCGAAGUCAUUUGUCCCAAGAAAA